AUGCCAAAGAGAAUACCGUCGACAAAGACGAGACCUGCUCCGGUUAGGAGACCCUCUGCUUCCUCCCAUGCACCACCUCCACCUCCACCUUCUAAUCCAGGACCCUUGAGGCCUCCUCUAAACCCAACUCAAAGAGCGAGAUCUCAUGAAACUGAGAGUCGACGACCACGAUAUCCUCCUGCAGCAGGAAGUCCAAGACAAUCUUACUAUGAUCGUCCUGCACCACCAAAACGAAGAGACUCAGGAUGGAGAUCUGUAUCUCCUCGUGGUCGAGAUCAUCCUCCUCCUGCCCCACACCCAGAAAGAGUCCUUAGACGUCGCGUGACGAGAGACUCAGAUUGGAUGUCGGAGGAUGAGAGUAGACCUACUUCCCGUCGACGAACUCCAAGCCCAUCUCGGCGCCUAAGAAAAGAUUAUCGACCCCAGGGACACGAAACACCACCAUGGCCAAAUUCACCCAAACCAACCAACGCGAGACCUGCCAUGAGAUCUUAUCCAACUGAUAGCUCUCGCCCAGACCCCAGACGAUUCCAUUCUUAUGAGACACCGCCUCCGCCAAAGCGCCCCCCUGGAGCAGGCAAACGAUCUCCGCCUUCGGGAUACAGAGCAGCGCCUCAUCUAGCUGCAGAUAUGCUCCGAGGAAGGACCCGAUCAAGGACAAAUUCUCCAUUGAGUAAUCAAGAGACACCCCAGCCUUCAACUCAUGAGAGACGGCCAAGUCACAACAAUGCUUCUCCGCGCCACUCUCCCAAGACACAACCAGCCAAGCCCGCGAGACAGCACGGGCCUGAACCAGCUGCGAAACCCGAGUCACAAAAGAAGGGAUUCGAUUUCAUGAAGCAUCUCCCUCAAGCAUUUGCUACUUAUGCUGGUAUAGAAGCUCUAAGCGAGCAUGCUGAUACGGCCAAAGACUGGGCAGACUGGUUCAUGAACCUCCGCAAGACACCUGAAGAAAUCCACGAGUUAUCAGCAAAAGCAACAACAGCCAGAGACACCAUCACUCAAAUUCAAAAAACACUGGAGGCACGACCUGACAUCAUCGACGGAGAUGACGCUCGUCCUAUGAGGAGGCAGAUUGACAAUGCUAUCAGGGAUGCCACGGCUGCUUUGGACAAGAUGACAAAUCUGCUCCAAGAGAUCAGUAGUGAUGGCCUCGGGGGUACCAAGUUUGCAAGUCUUGAGGAGUUUUAUAAUUCCUACAAGUACAAGGAUGAGUGGGAGGAAAAGAUCAAGCUUGCUGAUGCUGAUCUGGAGAAGGAACUGGGAGCUUUGAGUAAGCUCAUGGUCAACAUUUACUCUCGUGCUCUUAUGAAGCCACCCCCACCAGGUUUCGAAAACCCUACACCUCCACCAGCUCCUGGUCAAACGUUUGAUUCACAUGAUGCAAGACGUCCAAGUGCCACGAGUCGUGGAUCGAGAUCAAGGGUCACCUCACCAAUUUUAGAGCCUCCCCCUGUAGGACAACAUCGAAGGUCUAUAGAUGUCGAUGAUGAUGAGCCGACACGUACUGAAACCACCAAUGGAGUAAAGAACGGGACGGCUCCAGAUAUAGAAGCCACAGAGCAGCCGAAAGUACCUCAGGAGGAAAACAAGACUGUUAAUGGUGGGAACAUCGAUGUUGACAAAACUGCUGAUGCAUCAACAGAACCCAAAGGUGUCAAGCUCAAAGUUGACGAUGGCCCGCUAGAGACAGACAGCAGUCCAGAUGACAUAUUACCAGCACCAGCUAAAGAUCCAGAAACUCCGAAGGCGCAAGACUUGCCCAAGAAGGAAGAACCCGCCGGUGUAAAACCAGCACAGCCAGCAGUCCAAGCCUCCAAACCUUCAACGCCAGCCAAAACUCCUGAAGACAGUUUACUCGACGCCGCUUGGAACGGCGACAUCCAAGCCUGUAACGAAGCUCUCCGUCACGCAUCCCCCUCAACCCGCGACUCCCAUGGCCUAACACCCCUCCAUCUCGCCGCCGAACGCGAUCACCUCGCCAUAGCAAUGCUCCUCCGCGACAGCGGCGCAUCCGCAUCUGUCCGCACCAAAGACGGGCGCACACCUCUUCACCUCGCAUCCCGCUAUGGUUCUUCUGCAAUUGUAGAAUUCCUACUAGACGACGCACAUGCUGAUCCAAAUGCCAAGACUGUCGAUGGACGAACACCUUUGCACUAUGCUGCGAGUGCAGCAGUAGAUGGAGAUGAGGAGAAGAGAGAGGUUGUGAGGUUGUUGAGAGAUUAUAAAGCGGAUCCGACGGUUAAGGAUGCAAAAGGAAGAACGGCAAGGGAUGUUGCGCAGAAGAGAGAUUAUUGGGAUGUUUCAGCGACGUUGAGAAGGGCGGAGAAGAAGUGGGAGGAGGAACAUCAUCAGAAUUGGUUUCAGAGACAUGGACUUAAGCGAUGA